AUGUCGUUCAAGGCGCUCUUGACCGCUAUACUGGGACUACUCGCUUUUUUUAUCACGAGAAUAUGGGUAAAACGUAAAACACCUUUAGGGCCACUGCCCCCAGGCCCGCAGCCUAAGCCAAUCGUGGGUAACAUCGCCGACUUGCCGCCUCCAGGUAUGCAAGACUGGAUGCAUUGGCUAAAGCAUAAAGAUCUAUAUGGUAGGCUCAAGAAGCUACGAUUGACUGUUGUCUUUAUUUUUUUUGUUGCUGAUAUGAAAAUGCGCCCCUCCGUUACGGUGAUGGGACAAACGCUCGUAAUCCUUAAUGAUGCACGGUCAGCGUCAGAGCUAUUACGCAAACGCGCCUCGCUGUACUCGUCACGACCACAUAUGGUUUUCGCGUCUGAAAUGCAAGUUCAAAGGCCCCUUUUCUAUUUUAAGACGGCAAAGAAUAAAUAUCAGACUAUUGGAGCUUACAUUAACAGCUUAACAGGGUGGCCAUACACCGAACGGUUCAGGGCAUAUCGGAAGCUUCUGAAACCGUAUUUCGGUUCAGAGAGGGUCGUUUCACAGUAUGCUCAGCUGCAGGAGGUGGAAGCCCAUCGCUUUUUGUGGCGUGUUUUGAAGGAUCAAGAAAAUCUCACGCAGCACAUCCAGACUAGUGAGGCCGGAGCGGUUAUUCUCAAAAUAGCCUAUGGUUAUAGGGUUGAGCCGCACAAGCAAGAUCUGCUGGUGAACCUUGCCAAUGUGGCCCUUGAGCAAUUCUCAAUUGCCUCGACACCAGGUACUUGGCUUGUAGAUAUAAUACCGGCAUUAAAAUAUGUCCCUGCCUGGUUUCCGGGCGCUGGUUUCAAGCGAACCGCGCUGGAAUGGAGGAAAGGCCUUGAGGACGUUGCGAAAAAGCCUUACGCCCUUGUUCAGCAGCGGACAAAAGAUGGCAAGUACGAGCCAUCAUUUCUCUCCGAUAUAUUUAAGUUAAAUGGGAUUCCAUCUUCUGGAUCAGAGGAGGAGCUGGUCGCCAGAUGGACAACCGCAUCGCUUUAUGGCGCGGGCGCCGACACUACCGUGUCUUCAGUUGGAACAUUUUUCCUUGCCAUGACAUUGAACCCAGAUGUCCAACAUAAUGCACAGGAUGAGAUUGACCGGGUGAUCGGGUCUGGUCGACUCCCCACGAUAGCAGAUCGUGAUCGCCUGCCUUAUGUCAAUGCGGUGGUAAAGGAGGUCUUCCGUUGGCACCCUGUAGUACCGAUGGGGAUUCCACAUAUGUCGACGGCCGACGACAUGUACGAUGGAUAUUAUAUUCCCAAAGGUUCUAUACUUAUGCCGAAUAUUUGGGGUAUGAUGCACGACCCCGCGUUGUAUCACGAUCCGAUGGCCUUCAAGCCAGAACGUUUUUUGGAGAUCGAUGGCCGGGGCCCCGAAAUAGAUCCGCACAGCUUCGUGUUCGGCUUUGGGCGUCGCAUCUGCCCCGGCCGGAUUUUGGCAGACAGCACAGUAUGGCUCAGUGUUGCAAAGUCCCUGACAGUGUUUAAAAUUAGCAAACCUGUGGAGAACGGUGCUGAGGUGGAUGUAAAACCAGAAUUCCAGCCUGGGGUUAUCAGCCAUCCGGUCCGAUGCAAGCUACAAGUCACGCCCCGGAGCGCUGCGCAUGAAGAGCUGAUAUUAUUGGUGGAGCAGGAACAUCCUUGGGAGCAAGGUGACGGGUCCGAGUUGCAUAAGAUCCGAUGUUAAGGCUCGUAUACUUCGUAAAGUUCCAAGGAUAUUAUAUGAGCAUGAGGGUCAGUUUCGCUAUUCUAAAACUAGCUGGGAUUCUAUAACAAAGGGAAUACUAGCUCAAGAAAGCCAUUAUAUAGCUUGCUGGGUCUCUUGAAAUUAGGAGAUAAGGACGAUAUCAGGUGAUCAAUGUCCAUCCAAACAAUCUAACUGGUGUAGGGAUACUAUAAG